GGCCGGUCCAGUCCAACCCGAGUCUCCCUCACCUGCUCGCAAAAGGCAAACUGCAGCAAGAAAAAAAACGAACCCCAAAGACUCGCGUUUUUUCAGCCGAGGCACCGGCGCCGCAGCCGCAAGGAGCCGUGCCGCGCCCGCGCGAUGCCGAACGCGAUUCCGGCCUUCUUCCGCGCCGCGCCGGGCGGGGCGUCAGCUUCUGGGGCGGGGCCUAGCCUCGCCACAUCCGUCUAUGAGACCCGCCUCGGCCUGGCGGCGCUGUCCUGGUCGCGCGCCGCGUUCGGGCUCAGCCUCCGGGCCGUGCUCCGGGUCGGGGCGCUCGCGUCUUCGGCCUCGGUCUCCGACUACGGGUGCUACGACGACGGCGGCGGCUUGGAGUUCGAUGAGGAGGAGGAGGACACCAUCGCGGUGCGCGUCCGGCCAUGGCUGUUCUGGCGGCGGCGGGGGUCGAAGCGGCUCCACGUGCACGGCCGCCGGGUGGACAUGUCGUGGGACCUCACGCACGCGCGGUUCGCCUGCCCCGGCUCGCCCGAGCCGUCCUCCGGCUACUUCGUCGCCGUCGUGGUCGACGGCGAGAUGGCGGUCGUGGCGGGGGACAUGGCGGAGGAGGCCUACAGGAAGACGAAGGCCCAGCGGCCGCAGGGCCCCGGCCAUGUCCUCGUCUCCCGGCGCGAGCACGUGUCCAUGCGCGAGGGCGGCCAUGGUGGCCGCGGGCACAAGACCUGCGUCAUCGUCCGGGGCAAGCAGCGGGAGAUCUCUUUGGAUCUCGUGGCGCGCGGGCACGGCAAGGACAGGGAAAUGGACAAGGAGAAGGAGAAGGACAAGGCCGAGGUCGGCAUGUCGGUCUCCGUGGACGGCGAGCGCGUCCUGCACAUCCGCCGUCUGCGCUGGAAGUUCCGCGGCAGCGAGAAGGUUGACCUCGGCGGCGGCGACCGGGUCCAGGUCUCCUGGGACCUCCACCACUGGCUCUUCUCCGCGCGCGAGCUGGCCCCCGUCGACGCCGCCUCCGUCCUCGCCGCAGCGCCCCCGCCCGCGCACGCCGUGUUCGUCUUCCGCUUUGAGCUCGGCGACACAGCCGGCGAAGAGCGCGACUCCGCUGAGGCCAAGGAGAAGGAGCUACUCGAUAAGGCCAGAAGAGGCGGCGCUUUGUCAGGCUAUCUUGGGAGAUUGGGCAGAGGGGACUGGAGCGAGAGCAGCAGCAAUGGGGAGAAUCGGAGGAAGAGGGGACAUGCUCGCAGGCUGGCCAAGGCAAGCUCAUCAUCGUCGGCAUCAAUUGCAUCCUCCUCGGCUUCCUGGGCGAGCAGCUCGACGGUCAUGGACUGGGCCAGCCCCGAGGAGGCCGAGAUGCACCGCGGCGACGGCUUCUCGCUUCUUGUCUACGCCUGGAAGAGCUAGUAAUGGCUGCCGCGACGGAGGCAGCUGGCGGCAUUGUUACCUUUCAUGGUUGGUUCUUCAUUCAUUGGGAUUUUCUCUUCCGAUUGUUGUAAGUUGCAAUUGUUUCCCCGAAGGAAUGUUCUUGUGCAGUUUUUGAGUGCUCAGCUGACCAAAGAGAUGUUCAUUAUAUCAUUAACUAAGAAUAUCGAACAACUAGAGAAAUCAUAUUUAUGACUUAUGCUUGUAAAAUUUAGGUGGCAAAUUGAUAAAUUCUUCCAAAUUUCCAAUCAUUUAUCCGGUUGGUUGAUUGGGUAUCA